ACACUCUCCCUCACUUCCCACGCCAAAGCGAUCUCCAGAAUCAACGUAAGAAUUAGGGUUGUGUUUAGAAAUGGCGAUGGCAGCGCGCAUCAGAUCCACUCUCCCUCUCUUUCACAGGCUUUUGAGAUCCGAUUCCCUGCCUUCUCACACUCCCAGAGCUGCUCUUCACCGAACUCUACUUUGCCCCGAGCUGUCGAGGAAAUAUUCCACUUCUCCGAAGAAGGACGAGAAUGUUAAGGUGCCUUUGGCUUUGUUUGGUGGAUCUGGAAACUAUGCAUCUGCACUGUACCUUGCAGCCGUAAAAGGAAAUGCUCUGGACAAGGUUGAGUCUGAACUUCUUGACCUUGUUCAGGCAUCAAAAAACAGUCAAUUGUUUUCUCAAUUCACUAAGGACUUGUCAGUACCUGCAGAGACACGGGUCAAAGCCAUUAAUGAGAUAUGUGGCCAAGCUAAAUUUUCAGAUCUUACAAAGAACUUUUUGGUUAUACUAGCUGAGAAUGGAAGGCUAAGACAUAUAGAAAGCAUUGCGAAGAGAUUUGUGGAGUUGACCAUGGCUCAUAAGGGAGAAGUGAAAGCUUCUGUCACAAGUGUUAUUCCCCUUCCUCCUCAGGAGGAGAAGGAACUAAAGGAGACCUUGCAGGAAAUAAUUGGACAGGGGAAGCAGGUUAAGCUGGAACAGAAGAUCGAUCCUAGUAUUCUUGGUGGGCUUGUCGUAGAGUUUGAGCAAAAGGUAUUUGACAUGUCCAUUAAGACUAGGGCACGACAGAUGGAGAGGUUCUUGCGUGAGCCUAUCAACUUUGGUUCCCUCUGAAGGAUGUUAUAACCGCCAAGUGACCAUUUCAGUUUUCUUGUGCACCAAUUGGGUUAUUCCGUGAACUCAAAGAAUAAUUAAUGGUCUUUUUGUUUUGCCUCUGUUUUCUUCUACUCUUGACAUUAUAUGAUGGAAUGCAUCCAUUCACAAUAAAAGAAACUUUCUCGGCA